AGGUGGCUAGCGGGUCUGGCUGGCCGUGCGUGCAUCUCUUUCCGUUCCCCUGCCUGUUCUUUAGGAUUGGAAAUCGAAAUCACAGCUGUUACGAAGGGCCUAAUCCAAGGCACUAGGGUGCCACCUACGCGCUGAUGCCUCGAAUGCUCACAGGGCUUCCAGCUAACCAUGCUGCACCAACUCUGGCGCUGCCCCUGCUACUGUUACUGCUGGUGCUGUGGACCCCGCUCCCCAAUAGCGCGAGGCGGUCCACAGGCACUGAUUACUUGCGGCGAGGCUGGCUGCGGCUACUAUCCGAGGGCGGGGGCUGUGCUCCCUGCCGGCCAGAAGAGUGCGCUGCGCCGCGGGGCUGCCUAGCAGGCCGGGUGCAGGAUGCGUGCGGUUGCUGCUGGGAAUGCGCCAACCUGGAGGGCCAGCUCUGCGAUCUGGACCCGAGCGCCAACUUCUACGGGCGCUGUGGUGAGCAGCUCGAGUGCCGGCUGGAAGCGGGCGGUGACCUGAGCCGAGGAGAGGUGCCGGAGCCGCUGUGUGUCUGUCGCUCGCAGCGCCCACUCUGUGGUUCCGACGGCCGCACCUACGCGCAGAUCUGCCGCCUGCAAGAGGCCGCCGGCGCUCGGCCUGAUGCUAACCUCACUGUGGUGCAUCCAGGGCCCUGCGAAUCGGAACCCCAGAUCGUGUCACAGCCCCACAAUAUUUGGAAUGUGACUGGACAGGAUGUCAUCUUUGGCUGCGAGGUGUUUGCCUAUCCCAUGGCCUCCAUUGAGUGGAGGAAAGAUGGUUUGGACAUGCAGCUGCCAGGGGAUGACCCCCAUAUCUCUGUACAGUUUAGGGGUGGACCUCAGAAGUUUGAGGUGACCGGCUGGCUACAGAUUCAGGCUUUGCGUCCUAGUGAUGAGGGCACCUACCGCUGCCUUGCCCGCAAUGCCCUGGGCCAAGUCGAAGCCUCUGCUACCCUGACUGUGCUCACACUAGACCAGCUCAACGCCACAGGAUUCUCCCAGCUGCAAUCGAUGAAGUCGGUUCCCGAGGAAGAGGCAGACAAUGAAGAGCUGGAGGAUUACUACUAGGUCCAGCUCUCUGAUCUGUGCCGUGGGCGUGUGGAUAUAGUAGCUACCCCUGCUGUGGAGAAGACAUGGAGAAGACCGGACAGGGCGAGCAGGGUCCUUUCAUGGAUUGUAGCCUCAGUUUCCCCUCUCCUCAGAACUCAUCUCCCAGAAGCUUCCCACCUAGGGCACUUACUAACCAUACCUCUUUCUGUGAGAGCACAGUGGAACUGAUCUAGCUCAGUGCAGCGAUAAGGCUAGGCCAGCUUCUAGUCUUGUGCUGCUCUAGUGGACAAAGCCCACCCAGCCUGUGACUAGACACAGUGGGCACCAAUAAAAAAAUA